AUGAUAAAAGCACGCGUGACCAAGGUUGACGGCAAUCCAGCAACCAACGCGGCGCGGCGCCGCAACGAGUACCAGCGCCACGCGCAGAAACGAUUCCGAAAAGUACGGUCAGGGAAGCGCCAGCAGCUCUGCCAGCUCGUGAUCGAGCUCGAGGCCGAGAAAGUCGCUGCGCGGUCGCCGGACGCAACUACCGACCGCCGUUCGCGUCGUGAACCAAGCCGGCUUGGCCGUGCGAUGUGGGUCUAUGUAUCCAACGUCAUGGCCGCUCGGACUUGCUUGCGCCAAGGUGGCGGCAUUGUCGAAACGUGGCAGCAUGUGUCGCUGCCGUCGGCGCCGCUGGCGAGACACCAAGGACUCGAUUGGAUCACGUCGCAGCUGUACCACACAACACGGGACGCAGUGCUGGCGGCGCAGGGGUUUCCGGCCUCGCACCACCGUUUCAUUGACAUUCAAGGGGAAGACGAUGGAUCGCAUCGUCCUGUGGUCACGAUCCAACAUCAGCGGGUGGUGCACGAGCCAUGGACGGCCAUCACAGCCCGGUGCCAUUCGUUUGUCAUCGAGUCGAAUGGCUUUGGCUACGACUCGGUCGAGACUCUCUGCGACGACAACGGCGACGCCUAG